AUGAACGCCAUAAGAAGGCCUCUAGCCUCUCCUCGCAUGUUGUCCUCCAUCCGCAACUUUCUCUUCGGUCGAACAUCGUCUUUCUCAACAAUGUCUGAAGAUCAACGUGCUGCCUUGACUUCUCUCGUCGACAACAUGAUCGAGAGCAACCGCAUCGCGGUAUUCAGCAAGAGCUACUGCCCGUACUGUAGACGGGCGAAGCAGCUCCUUGCCGACAAGUACAAUGAUGUCCCAGCGUUUGUUAUCGAGCUUGACGAGCGCCCUGAUGGCGGCGAUAUCCAGGACUACCUCAGGGAGAAGACAGGCCAGGGGACUGUACCCAACAUCUUUAUUGACACCAAGCACAUUGGCGGAUCGAGCGACUUAAUCGAUCUUGAGGACAAGAAGCAAUUGGAACCUCUCAUUCACAAGAUGUAAUUCGCCUGCUAGAAUUAUCCGUUCUAGAUACCUGUACAUUGCAGUUUGUCUUGAUGAAUCUUAACUUUCUUGGAAGGUAACAUG